GAAAUUACAACCCUUAAGAAGAUUAUACCACUUGGGUUGAUGUUCUUUUGUAUUCUUUUCAACUAUACAAUUCUUAGGGACACAAAAGAUGUCCUGGUUGUCACAGCUAAAGGGAGUAGUGCGGAGAUUAUUCCUUUCUUAAGACUUGGGUGAAUUUGCCCAUGGCUAUUGGGUUUAUGUUGUUGUACACAAAGUUUUCUAAUGUUUUCUCUAAGAAAGCUCUAUUUUAUACUGUGAUUCUUCCCUUCAUAGCCUUCUUUGGGGCAUUUGGGUUUGUUUUGUAUCCUCUUAGCAAUCUCAUCCACCUUGAGGCCUUAGCUGAUAAGCUUAUCCAAACCAUCGGUCCAAGAUUCCUUGGUCCUCUUGCUAUCCUUAGGAUAUGGAGUUUUUGUCUGUUCUAUGUCAUGGCUGAACUGUGGGGAAGUGUGGUGAUUUUAGUGCUCUUUUGGGGGUUCGCCAAUCAGAUAAUGACUGUUGAUGAAGCAAAAAGAUUCUAUCCUUUGUUUGGACUUGGGGCCAAUAUUGCUCUUAUUUUCUCAGGCCAAACAGUGAAGUAUUUCUCUAAUAUGAGAGCAUCUCUUGGUCCUGGUGUCGAUGGCUGGGCUCUUUCUCUUAAAGCAAUGAUGAGUAUCGUUGUUGGGAUGGGGUUCACAAUCUAUUUCUUGUACUGGUGGGUGAAUGCUUAUGUUCCUCUGCCAACUCGUAGCAGGAAGAAGAAGCCAAAGAUGGGAACAAUGGAGAGUUUGAAGUUUUUGGUGUCUUCAAAAUACAUUAGAGAUCUCGGCACUGUAGUUGUUGCAUAUGGUAUUAGUAUCAACCUUGUUGAGGUUACAUGGAAAUCAAAACUCAAAGCACAAGUUAAUUUGAUGCUAAGUUAACUGACUUGUAUUUACCUGUCA